CUUUAUACAUUUUGUCAGUUACAACAGCCGGUUUCCUUACUUGCUUUGCCAGUCCGCUAGUCCAGUCUGUGUACGGCGGUCACGGAGAUCGUACCUGUAACGUUUCUUGUGCGUGCUUUUAUAAAAAAUAAAAAUGCCGAAAGUCGUUUUUCAUUAUUUCCCCGUCAAGGCACUGGGAGAGUCGGCUCGUCUCCUACUUGCGUAUGGCGGACAGGAAUUCGAAGACAAACGCGUCUCAAUGGAAGACUGGCCGGCAUUCAAACCAUCGACUCCAUUUGGUCAAAUGCCGGUGCUGGAGAUCGACGGCAAACAAUACGCGCAGAGUAUGGCCAUCGCGCGUUACCUCGGACGCAAGUACGGUCUUUCCGGUCAGGAUAUUGAGGAGGACUUCGAGAUCGACCAGAACAUCGAGUUUGUGAACGACAUACGUGCGAAAGCGGCAUCCGUACACUAUGAGCCAGAUGAGGCGAUUAAAGAAAAGAAACACGAGGACUUCGCGAAGAAUCAAUACCCGUUUUUGAUUAGUAAACUCGAUGAAAUAAUCAAGAAGAACAAGGGCCACAUUGCUGCGGGAAAGCUCACUUGGGCCGAUUUUGUCUUCGCUGGUAUGUUUGAUUAUCUGAAGGUAAUGCUUCGCAUGCCCGAUCUAGACCAGAAGUAUCCAAGCUUCAAGCAAGUUGUCGACGCGGUAUACGCCGACGCCAAAGUGAAGGCAUACGUUGAAAAAUUACCGAAGUCCGAGUUCAACAUCUAAAUUAUAAUUAUUAAUUAAUAGUGAGCACCUAGUGUUUUACUAUUUUUGUUAUGUCGGAGUUUUAAAUCACUUAUCUGGUUCACAGUGGUCAAAAGAGUUCGGCUGAUGAGCCAUUUAUGGAUCAAUUUCAACCACUAUGAUCUAAUAAGCGAUUUUGAAAGAUAUAAAUCCAAUUGUGCUAUUGGUAAAAAUAUUUUUUAUUAUAAUAUAUGUAUAAAGUAACGCACAAUUACUAUUAAUGUUAUUGUAUCCUAACGUAACGUUUUGCAUUUCACUCGUAUAAUAAAAAUAUACGAUAUUUAUAAUGUACUGCUUUGUGUGAAAUAUGUAUGUGUAUAUUUUUAAUAAAAUAAAAAAAAUACAAAA